GAAUAGAAGAAGCCGCCCAUAGAGCGGCAUGAUCAUUUAACAGGUUCAAUGUUUGCUUUAUAAUUUGUACCUUUAGUCGUUUAGUCUAUCUUAUCUUAUGAUUUCCAUUCGAGUAACUGAGAUGUAAACAUGUCAACGCUCGUGCUGGACAAUGGCGCGUACUUCGCUAAAAUCGGAUACAGUCAUGAGAAAGUCAGUGUUAUUCCAAAUAGCCAGUUCCGUACGAAGACCUCCAGGCUGAAAACAUUCACUGCAAACCAGCUGGAUGAAAUCAAAGACCCGUCAGGACUCUUCUACAUCCUCCCGUUUCAAAAGGGCUAUCUUGUAAACUGGGAUGUGCAGCGCAAGGUCUGGGAUCAUCUGUUUGGAAAAGAGAUGUUCAAGGUGGACUUUGCUGAUACCAACAUUGUGAUCACUGAACCAUACUUCAACUUUUGCUCAAUUCAAGAAUCCAUGAAUGAGAUUUUAUUUGAGGAAUACCAAUUCAACACAGCGCUCAGAAUCAACGCUGGAUCUUUGAGUGCUCAUCGAUACUUCCAUGAGAACAACUCAGAGCUGUGCUGCAUUGUUGUGGACAGCGGCUUCUCCUUCACGCAUAUUGUUCCUUAUUGCAGGGGAAGAAAAAUGAAAGAGGGCAUCUGCAGAAUAAAUGUUGGAGGAAAGCUGCUCACCAAUCAUUUGAAGGAGAUCAUUUCAUACAGGCAGCUGCAUGUGAUGGACGAGACUCAUGUGAUCAAUCAGGUCAAGGAGGAUGUGUGUUAUGUGUCGCAGGAUUUCUACAAGGACAUGGAGAUUGCACAAUUGAAAGGUGAAGAUAAUACGGUGAUGAAAGACUACGUGCUGCCAGAUUUCAGCUCUAUAAAAAAGGGAUUUUGCAAGCCUCUAGAGGAGAUGAAUUUCACAGGCAAAUACAAGACUGGGGAGCAGAUUUUGCGGCUCACCAAUGAGAGGUUUGCCGUCCCGGAGAUGCUCUUUCACCCCUCUGACAUUGGCAUUCAGGAGAUGGGAAUACCUGAAGCUUUGGUCAACUCCAUUAACAACAUGCCAGAAGAAAUGCAGCCCCAUUUCUAUAAGAACAUUGUUCUUACUGGCGGCAACACUUUGUUCCCUGGAUUCAGAGAUCGGGUUUAUAAAGAAGUCCGGGCUCUUGCUCCCAUUGAAUAUGAAGUUUCUGUUGUCUUGCCAAAUAACCCUAUUUGCUACCCAUGGGAAGGUGGAAAGUUGUUGGCAGAAAACCCUGACUUUGAAGAAAUGGCGGUCACGCGAGAUGAUUAUGAGGAGAAUGGACAUUAUAUAUGCGAGGAGAAGUUUGAUAUUUGACCUGUGUAGGAGUUAUCUGUCAAUGGGUACAGAAAAUCUGAACACUGCACAUGUUUUGUCUGAAACUAAGGUGUACAUAGGCAUAUUUUUAUAUUGCACUCAUUAUUAUUCAAUAGACAGCCUGUUUGAUUUUCAGUAUAGCUUUGUGUUGUUUAAAAAACUUUCUUUUUGUAUGAAGAUAAUGUUAACUAGAGAAAUAAAAAUGCUGUUUUUUACUUA